GUGGGAUGGGUGUAAGGUUAGAUCGUGGUGCAAUUUAAAUGCCUCCCCCUUUUUUUUGUUAGAAAAGUGCAAUCUGCACUCCGACCUGCGAAAGGCAGCAAUACGCAACACGGGGUCGAGUCAGCAGGAAAUGAACACGAAGAUAAAGGAGGGAUCCGCCAUUUCAGUAGCUACGAUGAAACCCACUUCUAGUAAACAUUGAAGAGGAGGGGGGGGGGCAUCAUUUUAACACAUUUUUUUUGCUAAAUAAGUAUUUAUUGAGCUAUCGGGUCACCCGUCAGCGAAGGUAAAAACGAGUCCUCUAAAGGUUUGCGGAAAGCAGGGAAAAGGGGGCGGAAGAUGGCGGUCGACAAACGAGAUGAGAAAGAGGGAGAGCUCAACGUGCUGGAUGACAUCCUCACCGAGGCCCCUGACCAGGAUGACGAGCUCUAUAACCCUGAGAGUGAACAGCACGUCAACCAGAAAAAAGGGUCUAAGAGGAAGAACAACCGAGGGGAUAACCACGUUCUGAAGCGUCUGCGACCCACGGCUCACACCAGACAGGCUACUAAGAGAUCGGCCCCCUUGGCUGGGGCCAGCGGGAAGAAGCCAGUCGACUCCAGGAGGGGACGGCACCCCUCCGAGUACGAUACUGAUAGUUACUAUGAGGACAGGAAGACCCAUCCUAUAAGAGAUGGUGGGGCGCAGAGAGGGGAGCCUCCCAAAGCAGCCCACCUUGACAAGCCCCUGGGCCGCAGGAAGACCCAUCCUAUGAGAGAUGGUGGGGCGCAGAGAGGGGAGCCUCCCAAAGCAGCCCACCCUGACAAGCCCCUGGGCCGCAGGAGAGAGCCAGACAGACACAGGAUCAUGCCUGAGCUCACCACCGAGCAGAGUCCUCCCAGCGAGGAGCGCAAGGUCAGCCCCUCUAAGGAAGAGACAGAAGAAGAGGGGGCAUCAGACCAGGAGACGGGCAGCACGGCCGAGUCCUCCGAGGGACACCGAUCCAACGUGGAUGAGGAGGGAGAAGAAGAUGAAGAGGAGGGCGAGGAGGAAGAAUAUGAGGUGCAGGAAGUGGAUCAGAGAGCCAAGAAUGCUCCAAAUGAUUACGACAUUCGCAGUGAAGUCAGUGACUCCCAGUCUGAGUCUGUGUCCUUCUCUGAGGGGGAGUCUGUUCUCUCCGGCUCUGCCUCGGAGGCUUCAGGUUCUGAGAAAACGCAUGAGAAACUGUCGUCGUCUGUCCGCGCCGUCCGCAAGAACCAGAACAGCAAGCUGAAGUACGUCAUACGAGACGCCCGCUUCUUCAUGAUCAAGAGCAACAACCACGAGAACGUGUCCCUGGCCAAGGCGAAGGGUGUGUGGUCCACUUUGCCUGUUAAUGAGAAGAAGCUGAACGCCGCCUUCCGUUCCGAUCGCAGUGUCAUCCUGGUCUUCUCCGUCAAGGAGAGUGGCAAGUUCCAAGGUUUUGCCAGGCUGUCCUCUGAGUCUCAUCAUGGAGGGUCUCCCAUCCACUGGGUCCUGCCUGCUGGGAUGAACGCCAAGAUGCUGGGUGGGGUGUUCAAGAUCGACUGGAUCUGCAGACGGGAGUUGCCGUUCACUAAAACGGCUCACCUCUCCAACUCGUGGAACGAACACAAGCCUGUAAAGAUCGGACGAGACGGACAGGAAAUGGAGCCAGGGUGUGGGAUGCAGCUGUGUGUGACGUUCCCCCAGGACGAGAGCAUUAACUUGUUUCAAGUUAUUCAUAAAAUGCGACACAAGAGGAGGAUGCCUUCGGAGCCGCGCUCUCGAGGACGCCCGCCGCACAGAGAGCCCACCCGAGGCGACAUGGGAAGUUUGCCUAAUUCAUGUAGGGGUCGGCCAGAGGAAAAUGCCAUUCACAACAGGAAACGGCAGAGGAUUGAUUAUCCAGCAGAGUUUCCACAGAGACCAGGCUUUACACUGGACCCUCGCAACCCGCCAGUUGACCGGCGGUUCCCCACUGGAGUGAGGAGAGAUGUUUUUCUCAAUGGGUCCUACAAUGAUUACAUGAGAGAGUUCCACCACACCGUUGGGCAGCCUACUCCUUGGCAAGGAAUGGCACCGUACCCUGGGAUGGAGCAGCAACCUCACCACCCGUUCUACCAGCACCAUCCUCCUCCUCCCCAGUCACACCCACCCUAUGCUGGGCAACACCCUGUACCACACGACGCCCGCUUCAGAGAACCUGUACCACACGAAGCCCGCUUCAGAGAACCUGUACCACACGACGCCCGCUUCAGAGAACCUGUACCACACGAAGCCCGCUUCAGAGAACCUGUACCACACGAAGCCCGCUUCAGAGAGAAGAGACUUGUCCGCUCCUAUAGCUCCAGUGUGCAUGACUAUGAUAUGCGUGUGGAUGACUUCCUGAGACGGACCCAGGCCGUGGUGACCAGUCGCCGCAGCCGUCCACGGGAACGAGACAGGCAAAGGGAGCGAGAACGGCCCAGAGAUGCCCGCCGGGACCGAGAUCGUGGACGCGACCGGGAGAGAGACAGGGACAGGGAGAAGGAGAAGGAGAGGGGGCACUACAGGAGAUAAUCAGGGACUAAAAUAAAACAGCAAGUCCUCUGCAGUAGUUUAUUUUACCGCGUUUCCUUUUUAUAAAAUAAGCUGUGUCUUUUUAAGUGAUUAUUGUACUCUUGUUUUUUUUAACGUUAUGUUGUCAAGUCAUCCGCUCAUAAAUGCAGUGUAACUGAACCAAGGCAAUACCAGGAGAAAGUGGUUAGGAGUGUCAAACUAUUGCAGAUGUUUAUGUUAGUUUGUUUUGUUUCUUCCUGAGACCCAGACAGACAGUAAUGACUUUUUAAAUGUUUUUCAUGCCACAUUGUCUUUUAUGUUGUUCAUAAUUGUACCUGGUUCACAUUAAGAUGUAAGACUUAAAGGGGUAUAAUUGAGUUGUACUGAAUCUGUUGUAGUAAAAAAGUCCCUUUUGUUUCCUGGUCUUUUUAGUUUCAAGCCGUUGCAUUAUUUUUCUAGUGUUUUUUUU